AGGCCGAAUGCGGUUUUAGUCUUCCGAAGCCCCAAAAAAUUGCACCCAAAUCCUGGUGUGGAGUGAUCCGUGGUUUCUGAACGCUUCCCUGCUUCGUGUAGCUGCAUGCCUUGGCUAAUCUAGAGCUGGAUGUACUGUGGCAAUCAAGACAGUGUGCGAGUCAUACAAUCAAUAGAUUGGCUCUGGGUGACAAUCCCGUGCGUGUCGAAUGGUGGUCAUGGUGUUGGCGAUUCUUAUUGCACCAGAAAAGCUCUACGUUGUAGAUUCGACUACUAAUCUUCUGCUGUAUGCAGGGCUAGAUAAGGAAAAUUCGACGGCUGUUGAGUUCUUAGAUAUCAAUGGCAGUGUCAGCUGCAGCACAAUGGCUGCAGCAGGCUUUACUGGAUCAGUGUUCUGGUUCUAGUCCAGCCCUCCAACUUGACGAGGGGCUCGUAAGUGAUCUGGUGUCCUACUGCGAAAUUGCUGCUCCAUCAGAAGCCCAGCAAUAUCUCUUUAGCAUAGUUGGUGAAGAGCAAUGUAAGGACAUUGUGACCGAAUACUUGCGCAGAAGAGGUGAUGGAUAUAGUGAUGUAUUCAUGUUUCACGACCAUGGAAGGGAGGCCCAGGGAGAAACCGGUUUACAUGCUUAUAUGAAACCAAAAGAAGAUGAGACAUUUUUAGCAGGAAGCAAAAAGACAUCCAAAACGAUAAAGCAGAAACCGAACACACCAGAGGUUCAAGGAAACUCUCCUCAAGUGUCAACGGCAUCUUCAAAAUCGGGAUUAUCGCAAUCAAGUAAACCAAUCAAAACUAGAGGUCGUAAAGGAGGUAAAGGUAUCACGUUAGCAGAGGCAGCUGAAGGUUUGGCUUUGUUUCCAAGGGGAGGUCCUUGCAACUGCCAAGCAAGCCGACACAAACUUAUCAACAACUGUCUUGGUUGUGGCAAAAUUGUUUGUGAGCAAGAAGGAGAGGGUCCGUGCAAUUUCUGUGGCGCGUUAGUCUUGAGGGAGGGUAGUGAUUAUGCAGGUCUAGAGGGCUUGAGUAUGCCCCCCGCAAACGAUGCUGAGGCAGCUGCCCAGGCGUUUAAGGAUCGCUUGGUGGAGUUUGAUCGUUCGGCUGCUAAGCGCACCACAGUUAUUGAUGAUCAAAGUGAUUACUAUGAGAUCGAUGGAAAUGCAUGGCUCUCUGACAAGGAGAAGCUGUUACUGCGGCAGCGGCAAGAAGAGGAAGAACGCAUUGAAGCAGAAAGAAGGAAACGUGUUGUUGUAACGAUUGAUCUUCUCGGUCGUAAGGUUGUGAUGGAAGAUAAAGGAGAUGGCAAAGGCAAUUCUCCUCAUGAGAACCUCGUACUGGCAGGGGAUAGUGGACAAAGUGGAACUUCUGAUUAUCGCAUAAUACCCAACCCAUUCAUUGAUAGUAAUCCUGUGUAUGUGGGCCCUAAAGGAGCAACAGGUACCAAAAAUUCUGAAAAGCUAAUCAAUCAACUUCAAGGGAUGGUUCUGGACAGGACAGGGCGAGUUCAACACGAUGACCCUAUUUUUGAAGCUGUCCUGGGGCAACAACUAGGUGGCAUUUAUAUUGAAGGUGAACCUACAAGUUCAAAAGGGUGGGCUGGACCUACAGUACGGGGAACACGAAGCUCGAUGGAUGAUGAACCAGUUUGUAUGACUGAUAAUCGAAAUGCAAGUAUGAAUGGAUCACGAAAUGAAGAUGGUAGGCAGGGAAGUGAUGUUGAAAAGCAGAAACAAGAAAAUUUUGAUAUCUGUAUUCCAAGCUCCCAACGGAGUGAUGGAAGGGCAGCUAUCAUGCUGGCACCUUCACUUUUAGAUCAAAAUAGACCAGACCUUGCACUUCCUUCUAUAUGGAGUGACACUGUGUUGAUGCCGGGUAUGGUUUUGUUGAAAGGGUGGCUGUCCAUUGAUGACCAGGUGGAGAUUGUGAGAGAGUGCUCAACACUUGGCAGAGGCUAUGGGGGCUUCUAUCAACCUACAUUUGCGGAUGGCAGGCACAUGCGUUUGCAAAUGAUGUGUUUAGGAAAGAAGCACUGGGAUGCCACUACCAAUUCCUAUGUUCCACGUCGCCAAAAUCAUGACAAUGCCACUCCACCGGCUAUUCCUGAAAAGUUUUCCGACUUGGUGAAGCGUUCUUUACAAAGAGCUCAAGAUUUGGCCCUGAAAGCAGGUGGGCUCAAGCUGGGCAGAAAGCAAGUCGAAGGAGAACUACCAAACAUGGAUCCCACUGUGUGUAUCGUCAACUUCUAUGAACAAACUGGUGCACUAGGUAUGCACCAGGACAAGGAUGAGAGCGCAGCAAGUCUUAAGCGAGGGUCUCCUGUGGUCUCGUUCUCAGUGGGCGACUCUGGGAUAUUUGCCUACGGCAAAGAAAGAGACCCACAGAAGGCAGAGAAGAUUUCUCUCGAAUCUGGAGACGUCCUAAUCUUCGGUGGACCUUCACGAAUGAUUUUUCAUGGAGUCGAAUCCAUUAUUCCCAAAUCUGCGCCUAAGGAACUGAUUGACAAAACAAAUAUAAAGCAAGGCCGAUUGAAUCUUACCUUCAGGGAGUUGUAACUUAUGAUACUGUCAUCAGUGGGUUUUUUCAUCCAUCAAGGCAAGCCAGCGGUCAGUGCUGUUUGACUGAAUGCAAAUCUGAUCUUGGUUGCAUACACUCUAUAGUGUGGCAAGGUGAUGUUUAACCUGCAGAAAUCAGAACCUUUCGCACAUCCAUUGUCCUGGUAUCUUGCUUAUUCCCUGCACUACCAUCUUGUAGUCAAAUUAGUACAAGUUGUUGGCUCUUCCCAACGUGCUUAAAUCGAAAAAUUCCUUUAACUUUUUUCUUGGGGCACAAUUUGUUAGUGCAAGAUGAUCUGCCGAACACUAUACUGAGACCCUGACGUAAUCUAGGUGCAAAUUGAUCUUCAGCUUGAGUACUUGCUCUGUGCAACUGUGAUUGGCUCACCAGAUGAACAGUGAAGAUUAACUACGUUUCUUGGAGGUGAGUUUUUGAAAUCAUCUGAGCAUCAACUGAGCCCACCUGCUUUCAGGGCCAACUCAAUUAGGUUCAUGUUAACUAUAUUUUAAUAUGAAUUGUUUUACAAAUCCAUAAUUAAGCA